CUCGUCAUUUCGAGAGAGCAGAUCAGACAGUAGACGGUUUUAUAUAUUCACUGCUACAAAGACGCUUCACCUCAGGACUAGUUUGAAGGAAGAAAGAGUUGCCUGGAUAGAAGCUUUGGCCUCUGCCAGAAAUCUGUUUUCUCUAAAAAGGUUGAACGAUAAGCUAUCUGUUGUACCAACUGAUUUAUCACUGUCCACUGAAAGAUUAAAGCAGCGUUUGCUCGAAGAAGGCACCAAUGAGGUACUAGUCAAGGACUGCGAGCAGAUUAUGCUCUCGGAAUUUUCAGAAAUACAAGGGCAAGUUAGAGUUCUUUGUGAAGAGCGUUCGAGUUUGCUUGACACCUUGAGGCAGCUAGAGGCUGCUAAUAUUGAAACCGAAGCCUCUGGGAUACCUGAAGGCGAGUAUCAAUUGACACAACACGGGUUCUCAGAUAUUCAACGUGGGAAAUAUAGUGUUCAUCAAUAUUCAGAAUGGAGUACAACUGAGUCAUCUGAUGAUGUCGAGAAACAAGAGCUUGAGGAAGCUUCAGAAGACGAGGACACAUACUUUUUUGACACAGAAGAUCAUUUUCAGGGACAAAGUAUGAGUCCUGGGUCCAUGUUUUCUGAUUUAAAAAACCAAUCUAAUGUUAUGGAUGAAAUAAACAAGUCUGGACAACUACAAUUUGAAAGAAGAAAGAAGCUUCCUGAUCCGGUUGAAAAAGAAAAGGGGGUCAGUCUGUGGUCUAUGAUUAAGGACAACGUUGGAAAGGAUCUCACACGAGUCUGUCUCCCUGUAUAUUUCAACGAGCCUAUCUCAUCUCUCCAAAAAUGUUUUGAGGAUCUUGAGUACUCUUAUCUUCUCGAUCGUGCAUAUCAGCAUGGAAAAGAGGGAAACAGUCUCCAAAGACUCUUGAAUGUUGCAGCAUUUGCUGUAUCUGGGUAUGCUUCAUCUGAAGGCCGGCAUUGUAAACCAUUUAAUCCUUUAUUAGGGGAAACUUAUGAAGCUGACUAUCCUGAGAAAGGAGUUCGCUUCUUCUCUGAGAAGGUUAGUCACCAUCCCACCCUGAUAGCUUGCCACUGUGAAGGUAGAGGAUGGAAAUUCUGGGGAGAUAGCAACAUAAGAACAAAAUUUUGGGGUAGAUCAAUUCAGCUUGACCCUGUUGGACUUUUGACCCUAGAAUUUGAUGAUGGUGAGGUUUUCAAUUGGAGUAAGGUCACCACCAGCAUUUAUAAUCUUAUUUUGGGAAAGGUCUAUUGCGAUCAUCAUGGGUUGAUGCAUAUACGUGGCAAUCGGGAGUAUUCUUGCAAGCUCAGGUUUAAAGAACAAUCUAUUCUUGAAAGGAAUCCUCACCAGGUACAUGGGUUUGUUGAAGAUGCAAGUGGUAAAAAACAUGCCACAUUAUUCGGGAAGUGGGACGACAGCAUGUAUUACAUAAUCGGAGAGGGGACUAGCAAGGCAAAGGAUAUGUCUGAUGAAAAUUUAUUGUGGAGAAGGACUAUGCCUCCCGUUAAUCUCACUCGAUACAAUUUAACUUCAUUUGCUAUCACAUUGAAUGAGUUGACACCAGGACUGAAGGAGAAGCUUCCACCCACGGAUUCAAGACUUAGACCGGACCAAAGGCAUCUGGAGAAUGGUGAAUAUGACAUGGCAAAUGCUGAGAAGCUACGGCUGGAAACAAGACAGAGAAUGUCGAGAAAAUUACAAGACAAUGGAUGGAAACCACGGUGGUUUAAAAAAGAUGGUGAAGAUGGGACAUAUCGGUAUGUAGGUGGAUACUGGGAAAAAAGAGAAGAAUGGAAUUGGGAAGAUUGCCCUAAUAUAUUUGGUGAAUUCAGCGAAGACAUUGUUAAUACUUCCACCAUUGAAUCCUGAAUUCAUUAAGAGGAACCCGCACAUCAAAACUUAGCCUAGAUUCAUAUUGUGAUCAUAUCAAGAUUCAAUCUUUCGGUUUGCAAAUGGAGAUUUGAGCUCCAAGUGCCAAGACCGCCUUCUCCUCCUCGAUCCACGGCAUAACCUUUGUAAUUUCCCUCUGUCAAGCUCUUAUAUAGUGCAGCUGACUUAUUAGCAAAUUAAUUUAGAUGAGUCUACUCUUGUAUUGUUUUGGAUGAUAGAAAUAAAUGAAAAAAAAAAGUUAAAAUGCCCAAAAAUGUCCAAAGGAAUUGUUCAGAUAGUAGUUAUUAAGAACUUGUUAGAGAAGAAUGUAUUUAGGAAAUUCGUCAAAGCAAAUAGUUGUAUGUCAAUGCAAUGCCAUCUUCAGUUUGCACAUAACU